GUCAUCAAUAAUAACCAAAAGAAAAUCACCACCAUAUCGCGUUUGUUUGUUGAUAAGUUGUAUUUAUAAAAAAACUAAAUUAUUUAACUGAUAAUUAAUUAAUUGAAAACAAUGAGAGAAUAUAAGAUUGUUGUUCUUGGUUCGGGUGGUGUUGGUAAAAGUGCACUUACUGUCCAGUUUGUGCAAGGAAUUUUUGUUGAAAAAUAUGAUCCAACAAUUGAAGAUAGUUAUCGUAAACAAGUUGAAGUUGAUGGCCAACAAUGUAUGCUUGAAAUACUUGAUACAGCCGGAACGGAACAAUUUACAGCAAUGCGUGAUCUAUAUAUGAAAAAUGGUCAAGGAUUUGUAUUAGUUUAUUCCAUAACAGCACAAUCUACAUUCAAUGAUUUACAAGAUCUUCGUGAGCAAAUAUUACGUGUUAAAGAUACUGAUGAUGUACCAAUGAUAUUGGUUGGUAAUAAAUGCGAUCUUGAAGAUGAACGUGUUGUUGGUAAAGAUCAAGGUGCCAAUCUAGCACGUUCGUUUAGUAAUUGUGCAUUUCUGGAAUCAUCAGCUAAAGCCAAAAUUAAUGUUAAUGAAAUUUUCAAUGAUCUUGUUAGGCAAAUAAAUCGAAAAAAUCCGGAAAAAAAGCAAAAACCACCACGCAAAAGUAAAUGUAAUAUUCUGUAAAAGACAUGUACGAAACGAACGAAAACCAUAGAGAAUCUUUUUAUGAAGGAACGAGUAAA